GCACGCGCCUGGCGCGGAAGCGCUGGCGCCUGCGCAGUGCGCUCGGGCGGCGCUGCCCCGCUGACAGCAAGCGGGAGGGGCGGGGGCUGAUGGCGGCCGGGGCCGGGGGCAGGAAGCCCGGCACCCCGCGGGAUGCGGAGUCCGAGGUCUGGUCCCGCCGCGUCCGGGACCUGGUGGGCUCCGGGCCCGGCAACCGCCUCUGCUUCGAGUGCGGCCAGCGCGGCGUCACCUACGUGGACAUCACGCUGGGCAGCUUCGUGUGCACGAGCUGCUCGGGGGCGCUCCGGGGCCUGAACCCCCCACACCGCGUCAAAUCCAUUUCCAUGACCACCUUCACCAAGCCCGAGGUGCUGUUCCUGCAGUCCCGCGGCAACGAGGCCUGCCGGAAGGUUUGGCUGGGCUCCUUCGAUCCGCGCACGUCGCUGCUCCCGGACUCCAGGGACCCGCAGAAAGUGAAGGAGUUCUUGCAGGAGAAAUAUGAGAAGAAGCGAUGGUACAUCUCGCCGGAUCAAGCCAAGGGCGCUGCCUCGCUGGACGGCCAGAGCUCCACCCCAGAGGUGAAGCCGCAGCAGACCCUUCUAGGGGAGUCGGGAGCACUGCUCACAGCUACCGGAUCCAGCCGGACCUUGGGCCAGCCCCGCCUGCCGCAGCAGCGCACCCCCCAGCCAGCCAAGAAAGCCAGCACAGACCUCCUGGCGGAUAUAGGAGGGGACCCUUUCGCUGCGCCCCAACCGGCCCCCGCCUUCGCCAUGUUCCCUGCCUUCCCGGGCCAGGGUCCAGCCCACGCUGCCUUUGCAAAUUUUGAUGCCUUUGGAUGCAGCCCGGUAGCGUCGGCAUUCGGGGUGGCAUCGGUGCCAUUCCACACCCAGCCAACAGCCGCAGCCAGUCAGACAGUCCCCGGCGGUUACAGCUUUGGGGGUGCCCCGGUGAGCGGCUUCGGUGCCUCCCCUUCCAGCCACCCUGGCAGUGGGAUCCCGGACAUGGGCGGAGCACCCAGCAGCCUCUUCGGGAGCCUGAGCCAGCCGGCAGCGCUGCCCCCGUCCGGCCCCGCGCCCGCCUAUGGGGCCUACACCAACCCCUUCGCCCCGCCUGCCGCCCCGCCUGCCCGGCCCUCUACCAACCCCUUCCAGCCCAACGGCACCACGCCAGGUUCCAGUUUUGAUGGGUUUACUGCAGCCCAAGUGGGGCAGCCGGUCGGGAUUUCCACCAAUCCCUUCAUGACGGCAGCUCCAUCCCCGCCCUUCGUCAUCAAGCAUCCAGCCACCAACCCCUUCUUAUAGUGAUGCCCAGAAGGCUGCUCUGGGCUGGCAGUGCCCUUCUUGUCCAGCGGGUGGCAGGCCGCUGCAGCCACAACCCCCUCGCGAGCUUCUGGCUCCACAGCCCUGAUGCCGUGGGGAUGGGCUGGACCAAGUGCUUUAACUACUGCGAAGGCUUCUGAGGGAAUCGGCCCUGAUGAGAGCUGGCCCUUGAAGAGAGGCAUUCUGGGACUUGUAGUCUAGGUGGGGAUUUUUCAGCAGGGCACAUGGGAAAGUGGAUCAGCGGGUGAGCUGGCCCUUAAGAGGGGUUUGGGAUUCUGCCAGGCCUUGUGGUCCAGAUGGGAACCCCGGGGGAGCUGGAGGUAGGGCAGCAAGGCAUGCUGGGGAAGGGAACUCUCUCUGCUUCUCCUCCCAAGCAAGAGGGGCUGGGGUCCCUUUGGGGGCUGGGUUGAGUCUGGGCUCUGCCCUGGGAGGCUGGGAUCCCUCGGAGGCUGGAAUCUCUGGGGGGCUUCAUCAUGGGGGGCUGGGAUCCCUGGGGG